CUUGAAUGCACGGAGGGGGAGGAGGAGGGCUGUUAAAGAAAAAAGAAAACAAGCUGAGAGGAAAAUUGUUCGACUGAAACGAAAGUACUAAUUCGAAGUGCCAUUCGGCCCCCACCGUUACUCGAUUUCGGAGCGAUCGGCGCGAUUCGAAUGUAGUUUUAUCGACUUCCCACCGCGCUGUUCCGAGCACGGCGGCGUCCAUCCGGUAAAAAAUAACAUAAGUGCUUGUGGAGUCUGUCUGUAGGGGCUACUGUACGGACGGCCAGUGCAGAGCAGUUCUGAUGUGUCAAUAAGUUUGAGGUGGACAGAAGGCUGGAAUGAGAAGGCCCUGGCGUUUCGGCUGGAUUUCAGGGGUCAUCUUCAUCGCAUGAUCCAGCCUGACUGACAGAUCCAUCCUCAUCUUUCCAAUACCGUAUUUCCAUAUUCUGUGACUGGUCAGCAGCAGUAUGAAGGGUGGAGGUGGAGGGAAAGAACCUCCGGUGGAGGGAGAGGUCAGUGGAAAGCGGCCCAAACGCAAAUGCUUACAGUGGCACCCACUGCUUGCCAAGAAAGUUCCAGAUUACUCAGAGGAAGAGGAUGAGGAGGAUGAAGAGGAGCUGGAGAAGGAGCCAGUGUUAUGUGCAGAGAGUGGGAGUCAAGAAACCGAAUGUGGUGGAGUGGAAGAUGAUGGUGAAGAAUUCUCUUCUGAGCAGCGGGCUCGCCGGCCCAUGAAUGCCUUCCUGCUGUUCUGCAAAAGGCACCGCUCACUGGUCCGGCAGGAGCACCCACGACUUGACAACCGGGGAGCCACUAAGAUCCUGGCCGACUGGUGGGCCGUACUGGAUCCCACAGAAAAACAGAAAUACACAGACAUGGCUAAGGAGUACAAGGAUGCAUUCAUGAAGGCUAACCCAGGUUACAAAUGGUGUCCUGCCACCAACAAGCCGGUAAAGAGUCCCUCCCACUCUGUGAGUAAUGCCCGCAAGAAAGUCUGGUCCCUGCCCUCCAACCCUAGCAAAGAUUCUUCCGUUGCCAAAAAACAGCCCAAAACCGACAGCACCCCCCAGCUUAACUUUGCCAUAGCAGAUCCCACUAUGAUGGGAGGCCUAAGCAUGCUGCUGUUAGCCGGGGAACAUGCCCUGACCGCCAGAGAGAUUUCCUCCAGCUCUUCCCAAACAGGAAGCACAGAUGUUGCUAAACAUACUGGGAAAUCAGCCCUUUUUCAGCUGGCUGAGCAGAUUUCUUCCAGUCCAGUGCAUCCACCUGGGGGAAGUAAAAAUGCUGAGGAUACAAGCUCUCUCACACAUGUAGAGGCCUCUGGACCAUCUCAGCCAAGCUCACCAGACCUGCCCAAAAGUUGUGUUAAAUCCCCCCUGUUUCAGCUGGCUGAGCAGAUCUCCUCCAGUAGGUCUCAAUCAGGGUCUGAGGGAAGGCAGUGUGGUCAGUCGGCACUUUUCCAGCUCGCUGAGAUAAGUCUGGCAUCUGAGGCAGAAAAGAUGGAAGCUCAUUCCUCCCAGCCUUCAGGUGGUUCCUCGUCUCUCUGUGCUCAGCACAGCUUAAGUUGCACAUCCAACCCUGACAACAAAGAGCACAUGGACACUCCUCAUCUUCCUCUAGACACACCAUCAUUAUUAUCUUCCUCUUCUGCCUCCGGGUCCAGCUCCUCCUCUCCCACAGUCUCCACCCCAACUGAGCUCAGCCCAUCUAAGACACAGAAGAAGAAGAAAAAGAAGAAAGAAAAUAAAGAGUCUGACGAGUCUGAGAAGAAUCCUGUUUCGCCCAAAAAGGUGAAGAAGCGCCAGUCAUCCGAGUCGGACCUGGACAGUGUGAUGUUCACUAUUGAGGCAGUAGCUAAAGGUACUUGGGGCUCAGAAGAGACACCCAGGAAGAAAGCUCGUCCCUCAGGAAUCGAGAGUAUCCCCCUCGAGGACCAAUCUCCACCUGUGAAGAAGAAAACGAAACCUAAACCGAAAAAACAGCUGAAGACAAAAGAAGAGGUGAUGGACGAAGAGGAAGAGGGGGAGGAAGAGACUAAUAAGCAACAGGAUGGUGAGAUGAAAAAAGAUGAAGCUCCCCUGACCCCUAAGAGAGAGGGUGAGAAGGAGCCAGAUGUGAAGGUGGAGCCCCCUAGCUGUGUGGAGGAAUUAGCACCUCACUGUCCUUCUCCAUCUACACUUGAACCAGAAGAGAAAGAGACAGACACCAGCCCGCCUGAAGCCAGACAGGAGGAUAAAGAUCCAGAGGUUAAAUCAGAGGCCUGUGGCUCCAGAAAGUCAGAGCGAAGCUGUAAAGGAGCGCUUUAUAAGACUUUGGUGUCUGAAGGGAUGCUCACAUCAUUGAGAGCAAAUGUGGACAGAGGGAAAAGAGGUUCCAUGCGCGGUAGUGUAUCCGAUCACGAGGGUGGCUGGAAUGAUGAGAGCUGGGUGUUUUCUCAGACCGCUGCCAGCAAUCCCAAAAAGCUCAAGAAGUCUAAGUCCAAAGAGGAAACCACUCCAGGACUUGGAAAGCUUGAGGAGGAGUUUGAGAAAAAGUUCAACAGUUUACCGCAGUACAGCCCCCUGACAUUUGACAAAAAGACUGUGGCGGUCACCAAGAAGAAAAAAACUAGUAUGUCCAGCCCUACUGAACCACCCAAACCCUGCAAGGGUUCAUCCUCAUCUCAGAAAAAGACCUUAUUCCACAAGAUAGUCAACAAGUACAAACACAGGAAGGAGAAAUCCAGUGCGGCAGACAAAGACAUUGUCAUGCCUGACCCUGUGUCUGUGGAAACAAGUCCAGUGAAGUCUGGGAGUCCAUGUGUCUCGCCCACUCAUGAGCCCCAGAAGAUUUUGGAUUCGCCCGUGGGCAGUCAGAAAAGGAAGGCCAGGAAGAGUAAAAUCACACACUUGGUGCGCACAGCCGAUGGCCGAGUGUCACCUAAAGAGGAGGACAAAUCUAAGCAUCAGGCCAAGAAUCAGGAUGAAAAGCCAUUCACUCAAGAGGCAUUAUGCAAUAAAGGGGGCUGCUACACUGACCCCAGAUCAGCGGAAGUUGAUACGGUGGACUCACCCGGUGUCCUCCCGGCCUUCUUCAGCUUAGCUGCUCUUGCUGAGGUUGCUGCCAUGGAGAAUGUGCACAGAGCCCAGCGUGCUGUGAGCAUCCCCACUGAAGGUCAAGUGAAGGACAUGGCCCCUGUUUUGAUCUCCUGUGCAGACCAGUGAUGUCUGCAUACUGGGUCGGGGCCCAUGUAUGGACAUGCUGGGGCUUAUCCUUGGCCCUGCUACUUGGGGGAUAGAGAGAAAGAGAGGGGGAGAGAGGGAGAGACUGGAUAGGAAUGAGGGAAGCUCUGAAAUGGAUGAAGAUGUUUUAUCCCAGAUGCCUUCACCCUCCACCCCACCCUCUCUCCCUCUUGCCUGCUUGUGGCCCCUGGGGAGUUAAUCCUGGUCCCCGAGCCUGUUUUCUUUGUCAGCUCCAGACCAGUUAUCAGACUUUACAAUCUGUAAGAAAUGGCUACUAUUUAAGGUCAAGUUUUGCAUACAAGUGCAUUUGAAGCAAGUGCUCUCUCCCUCUAUUUGUCUUUCUCUUUAUAUUUUUUCUGGCUAGCAUCAUUGCACAAACUUCUUCACAUAGCAAUGUCCACGUUCUCUCAGUCAGACGAACGUUUUGUGGCUUCCUUCUCCCCUUCCUGCUCUUGAGUCUAAAGAGAGAGAGUGAGUGUCUGUGUCUGUGUUUUAAGACCUCAGCUUCAUACCUCGAACCCUAUUCAGAUUUUUUUCUGGACACAUUUCAAUACCAUCUUCACCAUCAAAAUGCACAGUUGAUGCCUAGAUGCCUCUUUACUCUCAAGCAAUGACCCUCAAUGUGUCUGGUGCCACUGUCAGUUUAGAGCAAGCACCUAUUUUUCUCUCACAAACCUCAGUAAUAUGUCAGUGGUAAACCGGAUGUUUGUGCGAGUUGCAUUGCGGUCGCAAACAUGCCUACAAGAGUUUCUGACAGACUAAAUCACCAGGUGGAAAACCAGAUGAACCUUUCAAAAUUGUGACACCCUGUCACAUUUCACUCAGUGCUUUUGCACAGCCGGGGUCCAAAAUUAACUCUUACAAGAUGCCAAAUGCAAGUAAAAAUUCUUUUUUAGGCAAACUUUAAUAGGAACUGCAAUAUUACAUGGUUUAAACCGAAUUGUAACAAUGCUAGUCUGAACCUUGUGGAUGCAAGUGACUUGUGCAAUUCAAAACAAAGACAACACAAACAAACCUUAUAUUAACAGAAGUAUCUGUCGCAACUCACGUGUCUUCUAACUACUUUUAAUCUACAUCAAUGGAACUUUUCCCGGAACUCCUUGCAUUAUGGCACCAAACUGAAAAUAUGAAGUUCAGUAUCGCGAUGUGUGUUUACGAUUUGGGAAAUGAUGCGAUAUGUUACAAGUGCAGUUUCACCAAGAGGUGAAGACUGACUCAUCUCAUAUAUGAUGUGGUCAGAUAUGGUGCGAGUGACCUGCACUGUUUGUCACAAAUAGCUAAGUAAUCCAUCGAAAUUAGGGACAAAAUCAUAUUUUUAUAAAUGUUUUAUAUUUUUCUUAAAAAAAUAACGUAAAAUACAAUUUAAAUGCAGGUAAGACAUUUAUGCCUGGUAAAUUUGCCCAAUGUAAUUGCCAUUGGCCAGUGUGGCAAAAAGUUAUUUUGGACCCUGUGCACAGCUGUCAAUGAGUUUGUUAUCAGAGCAGUAUGGCAAUACUUGAACGGGACAAAAAAUGCAUUUUAUGUCAAUACUUGACCUUACUGCGGUGUGUAGAGUCUUGCUGGCUAAUCCAAAAGAGUGCUACUUGUCUCCUAAUUUAGUUUAAUACCAGACACUGCACUCAUUUUUAGCUACCGUAGACCAGGCUUUUAGAAGAUGUUGGCUUUUGUUAUAAUUAUAAUAGUGAUAUUUGUUUGUAUUUCUGUUUUGUUUAGAUUUAGUCUCAAAUUAACUUUUGAAUCGUCACUGAGAUACUCCGCUUUCAAUUUCCUCGUAGCUGAGGCAGUAGACGCUUUUCAUUCCAGCUCGAAGGUUUGCUGAUAUUGUUUUUUUUUUUUUUUUU